CGGAGUCGGAUGCUUAACCGACUGAGCCCCCCAGGCGCCCGUUUUGUUUUGUUUUGUUUUGAGCCAGAAUGAGGGUGCGUUUUCAGUUUCCCGGAAUUAAGGCAUCCUUUGGACCCAGGAGUUCAAGGUGGCCUGGGAGGGGAAAAGAUAUCCCUGCUGGUUCUCCUGCCCACAGAAAGAAACCCAAAUGCCUUAGCUUGGCGCGCACGGUCUUCCUGAUCUGGCGCCAGCCGACCUCUUCAGCUACAUCCUCGGUCCUUCCAUAUUCUGGGCCGCUCAGUGACUUCAGGCUCGUGUCUGUGCUAUUUUCCCUGAUUGGAAUGCCUUUCCUCAGCCUCCUUACUUGGUAUGUGCUGACACGCCAUUCCUUUUUGUUUUCUGCUGGAGAGAGACUGAACCAACUCUAGUCCUUGAGUUCAGGCAAGCAUACAGUAGCCUGUGGCGUACAUUGUGGUAAGGUUCUUCCUCCCGGCUUCUUUUUUAACUCUGAUCUUUAAUUCACGCAGAUUUCCUCGUUUGCUUUUGGUGUUAUUCCAGUACUGUGUUUGAAAAGCUUUUUCAUGUCCUUUUGGGCACCUAAUUGGGGAUAAAUAUGCCAUGGCUUCUCACGCUUAGUUCAAAUGUGACUCCUCCGCCCCAAGCUGACCGCUGUGUUCUCCAGCGCUUGCGCGAUAUUUCUGUAAACGCACUUAACACAGUGUACUUUUCAGUUUACGUGUCUGUCUUCCUCCAGCUAAACUAUGCGCUCCUCCCGGGCGGGCACCAUGCUCCACUCAUCUUUGUACCCCCAGCAUCUAGCAGUGUUGGCCUGUAGAAGGCACUCAAGAAAUGUGUGUUGAAUGAACGGUGCCUGUGACAAGCAGCUGGACUUUAUUCUUUCCUGACCCUUGCUCCUAUGACACACCUCCUCCCGGCUGCCACUCUCAGCCCUUCAGAGCAGAACUUCUCUCCUCUAGGGAAGCUGGAAGGGAAACAGCUAUGGCCAAGGACAUCCUGGGUGAAGCGGGGCUGCACUUUGAUGAGCUGAACAAGCUGCGGGUAUUGGACCCUGAGGUUACCCAGCAGACCACAGAGCUCAAGGAGGAGUGCAAGGACUUUGUGGACAAAAUUGGCCAGUUUCAGAAAAUAGUUGGUGGUUUAAUUGAGCUUGUUGACCAACUGGCAAAAGAAGCAGAAAACGAGAAGAUGAAGGCCAUUGGUGCUCGGAACUUGCUCAAAUCUAUAGCAAAGCAGAGGGAGGCCCAACAGCAGCAACUCCGAGCCCUAAUAGCAGAAAAGAAAAUGCAGCUUGAAAGGUAUCGGGUUGAAUAUGAAGCUUUGUGUAAAGUAGAAGCAGAACAAAAUGAAUUUAUUGACCAAUUUAUUUUUCAGAAAUGAACUGGAAAUUUCAUUUUAUAGCAGGCCGGGCAAAAACAAAACCCAAAAAACCUCUGUACCAAUCCAGUGACUUGACCAAUGACCCAAGUAUGUCCUGAGAGAUGGUGUGGAAAAAACGCAGCAUCUCUGAAGGCAGUAAGCAAGUCUGGGGGGCUUGUUGCAAAUGUCAGCGAACAUCUGCUGGGCAGUUAACCCCGUGGCCACAGUGGUCCAGGCUCUCACCUCUUGGCACUCUUAGCCUGAACUGAGCAGUCUGUAAAUUUUGACCCUUUUUUUUUUGUAAAGUCACAAAGCUUUCAAAGGAAGAGCAAUAAAUUAUUGUUUUCAAA